AUGGCUAGAUCCUUAUCUGAACACUUUGAUUCUAUCACGAGUGAUAGUAUCGACCCUCUUCUAUCUGAUUGCUGCUUCUCUAUCCCACCCUCCUCGGUUCCUGAAAGCCAGUCUACCGCGCCUAUUACUACCGAGCCCCCACCGAUCCUUGAACGCGUCGGACCUAAGAGAAACUAUAUCCUAUGGACCGAUAUGAAUAAGGCUAUAUACAUCCAAUGGUGGCUUACAACAACAUAUGGGCAGAAACCACGAGCGGAACAUCCCCGGUGGGAUAAAAGGGGCUUAAUAUCCGAGGUUUGGACACACUUUGAACAGGGCGCAGAGAUCUCUACUGGUAGACCAUGCAUUACCUGUAAGGACUGUGGCCAGAUCUACGCGCAUAGUCCUAAAAAUGGGACGAAUAUUAUGACAAGGCAUAGAGAAAGAUGCCUACCAAAGGGUAAGCUGAAACAGAGAAAUAUCCAGGCGGCUAUCCGUACCCAGGCUCUAUGCGCUCCCCCGCCCGACGUAUGGGAUGAAAACGAUUGGAAGAAGCAGCUUUUGGUCACAAUCACUAGCCUUCGUCUACCAUUCCAGAUCAUCGAAAACCAGCACUUUCGAGACCUUUUACGCUUGACCCAACAAGCCCCUUCCCUCCCUAUUAUCCAAACGGGUAAAACCCUUGCUCGUCAGCUUCAAAGCACCGUCCAAAUCCAACAGCAAGGCAUACUAAAUAUGCUUCCGUCAGACGCAAAGCUAUCACUUGCACUUGACUGCUGGACGUCGCCCUUUCAUCAGGCGUUUAUGGCUAUCACUGGGUAUUUCCUUGAUAAACAGUGGGAAUAUAGGCAGAUCCUACUCGGUUUCGAACCCCUCGAGGGUACACAUACUGGGGAGAACCUUGCUUUAGCCCUAUGUGCUGUUAUUGACAGACAUGGGAUUAAAGAUCAGAUUCUGGCUAUCACCACUGAUAAUGCGUCAAACAAUAAGACAAUGUUUGAUAAGGUCCAACGGAUCUAUCCAGACAUCUCUAUUGUUCAUAUUCCGUGUAUGGCGCAUGUGAUUCAGCUUAGCCUUAAUGAGCUCCUACAUCGGAUCAAAGCAAAGCCAAAGAACGACACAGUGAAUAUAGUGUGGACCGAUGAGCUACAGAAGGCUUCUACCCAGCGAGGACAGAAAGGGGAUAUUGCAAACACCCUCGAUAGGGUACGCCGGCUUGCAAUAUAUAUUAACGGAAGCCCACAAAGGCGUGCGGAAUUCCUUAGGCUUCAAUCGAUGGAACCUAGUCAAUUGGUCCCAAUUCAGGACGUCCGAACACGGUGGAAUUCCACCUAUCUGAUGUUACAAAGAGCUAAACGACUACAGCCAUACUUUAAUAGGUACUGCCAUAUUGAGUGCCUAGACAACCUGAAGCUUGAUUCCGAGGAAUGGCGACAGGUUGACUAUCUUCUUUGCCUCACAAGACCAUUCUUCCUAUACACAAGCACAUUCUCAAAGACAAAAGACGUGACUAUCCAUCAGGUGUUUAAGCUUUACAAUAAGCUAUUUAAACACCUCGAGGCGUCAAUCAGUCAGCUCAAAAAGAAGAAGAUUAAAUGGAAGCAACAGAUGCUUGUCGCUCUUGAAGCAGGCCUACAGAAGCUCCGUGAGUACUACGCAAAGACCGAUCAGCCUGAGGCUGGUAAUGUGUAUGCGCAUAGCACUAUCCUCGCACCAAAGGAUAAGUUACAGUACUUCAAACGCAAGGAAUGGUCUGGUGGGCCAGAGGGCUCUACUCAGACAUGGGCCGAACACUAUCACAGCACCCUUCAAGAUCGGAUUAAAGCUUAUCAAUUCGAAGAGAAUAACACCCUUCUAUCUAAAGCUUAUACACAAGGGUCGGAACUUGAUCGGUUACUCGAAGAUGAAGGUGAAUCUAACCUAGACCGGGAUGAACUCGCACGGUAUCUUCAAGCCGGUGUUAUACGCACUACCCCUCAGGCCUUCUGGAGAGACCAUCAAUUUGAAUAUCCUACCCUCGCACGGGUAGCCCGCGAUAUCUUCUCUAUUCCCGCUACUGGUGCGGGGGUAGAGAGGCUAUUUAAUUCAGCCCGCGAUGUUUGUCAUUAUCGCCGAGGUCGUCUGAACUCAACAACUAUCCAGGAUCUAAUGAUGUUCUCUUGCCUUACUCAAUUUGAGAUAGAAGAUGAACAGCUUGAACUAGCUCGGGCUCUAGAGAUCCCUGAAGAAGGUGAAAAUGAGAAGAUUUCACCUUCGUUAGAAGGGAUUGAUCCAAUCAGCGAUACUGAGGAAGGUGACGAUGAAGUGAGGCUAUCUGUGAGGGCAGGGAAGAGACGAAAGAGUGUUUUGUCUGAUCAUGAAAGUGAGCAAAGUGAUGAUGAUAAUAGUGGUUUACCCUUAAUGAGCCAAGUACGGCAUUCUGGAAGGGUAAGGAAGGCGCCGAGGAUACAUGAAGGGUUCGAAAUUAGUAAAUAG